AUGGCUAGUUUUGCGGCACAAGCUGCUCUACGUAGCAAAUGGAGUUCACUAGUGGAGGAACAUACAAUUGACGUACCAGUCGAAGUCAGCAAUAAAGUGACUUCGGUUGUGGGAUGGUUAAAACAGGCCUCGUUGGAAGUACGUGCAGCUGGUAGAAGGGCUGUGAAUUCAUUAGCAAUGACUAGUGGUACGGAUUCUUUAGCAGAUAAUUUUGAUGGAACUAAAUCAAAUCACUUAGUUGUUUUACAUUUUAACGAUGUGUAUAAUGUGGAAGCAAGACCUGCACCCGAACCCGUUGGAGGUGCUACAAGAUUUUCAACGGCUAUUAAAAGUUUCCAACAGUUAAAUCCAUUAAUUUUAUUCAGUGGUGAUGCAUUUUCCCCAAGCAUGUUAAGUACAUUUACGAAAGGAGAGCAAAUGGUCCCAGUAUUAAAUGAACUAGGAACACAUUGUGCCGUGUUUGGCAACCAUGAUUUUGAUCAUGGACUUGAAGUAUUAUCACAGUGGGUAGCUCAAACAAAUUUUCCGUGGCUAAUGUCGAAUGUGGUUGACAAUGAAACUGGUCGUCCAUUAGGCGAAGGCAAAAUCACAAGUGUUAUAGAUUGGGCAGGUCGGCGAAUUGGUCUACUUGGUUUAGUUGAAAAAGAAUGGCUUGAUACACUGACAACAAUCAAUCCUGAAGAAGUGACUUUCCUUGAUUUUGUUGAAGCUGGACAAAAAUUAGGGGCACAAUUAAAACAAGAAGGUUGUGAUUUUGUGAUUGCAUUGACGCAUAUGCGUACACCCAAUGAUAUUCGAUUAGCCGAAAACUGUGAGGAUAUUGAUAUUAUAUUAGGCGGACAUGAUCAUGUUUAUGAAAUAAAAAAUAUAAAUAAUAAGUAUAUUAUUAAAAGUGGUACGGAUUUCCGACAAUUUUCAAAAAUCACUAUUAGUUUUGAAGCAAACACGUUCGAUGUAAAAAUUGAUGAAAUUAAUGUUACAUCUGAAUACGAAGAAGAUUUAAUUUUAAAAGAAAAAUUAGAAAAAUUUACAUCUUUAAUUGAAGGCAAAAUGGAUGAAGUGUUAGGAUGUUUUUCUGUACCAUUAGAUGGAAGAUUUACAUCUGUUCGAACAUCUGAAUCAAAUCUAGGAAAUUGGGUUUGUGAUGUUGUAUUAUCAGCAACUGGGGCAGAUUUAGUUUUAAUAAAUUCAGGAACAUUCCGUUCAGACCAAGUACAUCCGGCUGGUGAUUUUACAAUGCGUGAUCUGGUGAACGUAAUACCAAUGCGUGAUCCAUUAGUUGUGUUACAAGUUACUGGCGAACAAGUACUACAAGCAUUAGAAAAUGGUGUAUAUAUGUAUCCAAAAUUAGAAGGGCGUUUUCCACAAGUAGCUGGUAUUAGUUUUGCAUUUGAUCCAAGAAAGCCACCUGGACAACGUGUUGAUCCUUAUUUAGUACGAAUAGGAGAUGAGUAUCUUAUUCGAGAUCAAACUUACCGUUUAGCUACAAAAAGUUACAUGCAUUCUGGUUGUGAUGGUUAUGUGAUGUUGAAAAAUUGUAAAAUUUUGGUUGACGAAGAUGAAUGCCCUGAAUUAGGAUUAGCAAUACAGAAUCAUUUUCAAGCAAUCAAUGUACGUAUGGGUAAAACAAAGAAACCAUCAAAACAUCGACAAUCGUUGGUGACAUUAUCAAGAAGGCAUAGUCUUGUAAAAAUGCUGGAUAUUAAUUCAAUGGAAUUUGAUGGACCGCCUCCGGUACGCCGUGCAUCAGUGAAUGAAUCAUCAUCAAUGCAUACAAAUGGUAUUGCACCCACACCGUUAACAUCAACAUCACAUAAAUUGUCAAGGCGAGCAUCAUUAGAUGAUUUAGAACAGCAAAGUUGUCAAUUAACACCACGUACAGAUCAACGGAUAUUAAUUAUUAAUAGUGAAGAGAAACGACAAGAAUAUGUAUUGCAAAGACAACGUUUAGAAGCAGAUUCUGUUAUUCCUGAAGUUGACGAUGAAACAUCCCCUCAAGACAAUUACAAAUAAUAAAUAAACUUUUAAAAAAUUUCAAAAUACAUUAACUUUUAUUUGAAAUUUUUAUUUAUGAAUGCCGAUAUUUAUUUGUUUUUGAUGAAUUAAAAACGAUACAAAUAGAUUGGGGAAAGUUAUAUACCGAAGAUUUUA